AUGCACCACCACCGGAUCCUCUUCGACAAGUACCAUCCCGGUUACUUCGGUAAGGUCGGUAUGAGGUAUUUCCACAGGCUCAGGAACAAGUUCUACUGCCCAAUCGUGAACGUCGACAAGCUCUGGUCGAUGGUUCCACAAGACGCGAAGGAAAAGGCUUCAGCUGAUAAGGUUCCAGUCGUCGAUGUUACUCAAUUUGGAUACUUCAAGGUUUUGGGAAAGGGAGCUGUGCCUCUUUCACAUCCUAUGGUUGUUAAGGCGAAGCUCAUUUCCAAGUGUGCUGAGAAAAAAAUUAAGGAGGCCGGUGGUGCUGUUGUUCUUACUGCUUAG